UGCUCCACAGAGGCUUCAGCUCGCUCCUGUACAGACUUAAGAGAGGUUGUUAGAAGACAGACUUUGGCUCAACUUACAUCUCUGGGCUUUGAGGGCAGCCAUCCUGUUUCCACAGCAAUGAUCUUCACACCAGAGCAGGUGGCUUGUGUGUGCGAGGUCCUCCUGCAGAGCGGUUGCAUGGAUCGCCUUGCUGGCUUCCUCCGCACUCUUCCUCUUCCUCCUCCUCCUCCUCCUCCUCCUCCUUCCCUCUCCUCCUCCUCCUCCUCCUCCUCCUCCUCUCCUUGCCCUGGGGAGCAGGAGAGUGUGCUGAAGGCUAAAGCCGCUGUGGCCUUCCACCAGGGCCUCUUCACUGACCUCUACACCCUGCUGGAGGGCUUCCCCUUCUCCCCGCGUAGCCACCCGCUCCUGCAGCAGCUCUGGCUUAGAGCCCACUACAUGGAGGCCGAGAGGCAGAGGGGCCGACCGCUGGGAGCUGUGGGGAAGUAUCGGGUAAGGAGGAAGUUUCCUCUACCACACACCAUCUGGGACGGGGAGGAGACCAGCUACUGUUUCAAGGAGAAAUCCCGGAGUAUACUCCGCAAGUGGUACCGCCAUAAUCCUUAUCCCUCUACACGGGAGAAGCGGGAGCUGGCGGGGGCCACCGGCCUCACAACCACGCAGGUCAGCAACUGGUUCAAGAACCGCAGGCAGAGGGAUCGAACCACGGACGUUAACGGUUUCCUAAUAUCAAACUCUGGAGGAACCUCAGCCGAAGUCCAUCCUUCCUCUGACAACGACUUUUCACCUCCAGGAAGCCCCCAUCCGCUGUACCACUGCCCUCCACCUCCACCCCUCUCUCACCCACCACGUCCUCUACUUCACAUGUGUAGAGGCCUCCAUUGAGCAUGCCUUUCAAAUGUUGAAUUUGUGACUUCUAUUACUUGGUUGUUUCUUUUUGAUUAGUACAACAUUAAAAAACUG